AUGGAGGACGCAGACAGGAGGACCAAAAUUUUACUAGCGUACGGGUCCCAGUACGGCACUGCGUACGACUGCUGUAGAAUCGUUUUGUACGAAUUGUAUCGAAGCUUCCACGUGGACUUUUUUUGCCUGAAUGACGUCAAUUUGAUGAGCUUUCACAGGUACGAAAAUGUCAUAAUCAUUGUUAGCACUACAGGGUAUGGCUGCUACACAAAUAACAUGUCCAAAUUUUGGCUAGCUAUGCAUAGAGCUAACGUAAGGUUUGACGAAGGUACCUAUUUUCAUUUGUUCGGAUUGGGUGACAGUGCAUAUGAUAACUACAACAUAGUGGCCAAGAAAUUAAAAAAAAAAUUAAAAUCGCUCAACGCAAACGUUAUAAAUUACAAUUUAGGAAAUUAUCAACACCCGUCUAUGCAUUUUUCAAACUUUACCAUUUGGAAAAAUAAUGUCUACCGAUUUUUGAUGAGCAGGUAUGCUCUCUUUGAGUUAAAUGAGGACGUCCCUCUGUUGUACUCCAUCAAGUGGGUACAUCAGUUAGCAGGUGAGGCAGAUAUCCACGAGGAGGAGAAAAGAAGGGGAAAAUAUGAUCACACCAAUGGGGGGGGGAGCCAUUAUAACCCUACUAGUGAGGAAGAAUACAUAAAGGAUAUUCACCCCAAGGGGGAACAACAAAUCGAGAGGGAUUCCCCCGAAAGGGAGGAAAAAGACGUGGAAGACGCGCAUCCUGCAUGUAGUAGCACUCCCCAAAUUGGGCACUUCCAACCGGAUGAGCACUUUUGUACAGUAUUAAAACUUUCCAAAUUUGAAAUUUUAAAAAAUAAGAGGUGCACAGAUAUAUCCUACUUCCAAGAUGUUAGGUGCAUCGACCUGGUGGCACCACCCUCUCUGUCGUUUAACGUGAGCAGCUUGUUAAAUGUGCACCCAUUUCUAAACGAGGAGAAAACGAAAGAGGUAUUGAAGAUAUUAAAAAUUAAUUAUGAUGAGUAUGUCAUUGUUCAGCAGAACUACCCGGAGGGUAAAAAAAGCAUCACAGAUAGCGUUCCGGUUAACAAAAGGAUAAAAAUACUGCACCUGUUUAUGUACUUCCUAGAUUUAAGCAAAAUGGUUGCCCCCUUUUUUUUCACCUAUCUAAGUAAAAGAACGACGAGCGAAAUGCACAGGAAUAAAUUUCUACAGUUGGCAGACACAAACCAAAUUGCAGAUUAUUUUUCCUACAUCUAUCAGGACAAAAGAUCCUACUACGACAUCUUCUGCGAUUUUUACAGUUACAUACAAGUCGAUGUGACCUUUCUCGUGAACACUCUUCCGAGCAUUCAACAGAGAUCAUAUUCGAUAAUGAACCCAAUGGAAUACUACAAGUAUAUCCAUUUUUACACAAAAGGGAAAGGAGGAGCAGGAAAUAUUUUGGCUCAGUACACAGAGGAAAUGUGGACAAGGCGUACAUUAAAAUUUGUAAAAUUCAUGAGGAACAAAUUAAUCAACCGGAGGAACAACAUAAUCGAGUUACUGGUUAGUCUCUACCAAGUUGAAAUAAAUAAAAAUAAAAAGUUGGUGGGUCUCUGUUCAGAUUAUUUAGUUAACUCCAAAGAAGGAUCUUUUAUUUAUGCUCAAAUUCAGGAUAGCCUUUUGUGGUUUAAUAAAAAUAUCCUCAACUUAGGCUACCGAAUUGUUUAUAUUUCUACCGGAUCGUCGUUUAGCAGCUUCCUGGGGGUUAUCAGAUAUCGCCACGAUAUGCACAGGAAGCAGAGCUCUACACAUAGGGGAGGAAGCCAAAAGGAGCAGGAUGGACUCGCUUCUCCCCUUCUAAAAGAUUUUCUCUUCCUUGGACUUCGCAACAGGUUGCACGACUUUUACUUCGAAGACUUUCUCCGAGGGGUUACCUAUUUCAACUACAUUUUUGUGGCCUUCUCGAGGGACCCCAACGACAAUUUUUCUUUCCUCAACGCGGAGGAGGAACAGAGUUGCGAGCGUAGUGAUAUUAGCGGUGGUAUGAGGGGUGGCAUUAGCGGUGGCACUGGCGAUCACCGUGAGGAUGACCCCGACGAUGGCGAUCGCUGCAGGGGUCACCCCCACAUCCACUACGAACACGUAAAACAACAGCUAAACGAGAAGAAGAAAAAAAUAUACGUAACUGACAUCGUGCUGGCCAUGCAGGACUGCAUGUACGAGCUCCUAACGCAGCAAAACACGAUAUUCCUCGUCUCGGGGAAAUCUCGCCCCUUCGCGCAGAACCUGAUCAAAGCCUUCGGGAACAUCAUCAAGCAGAAGGAGCCGCACAGAACCGAGGAGCACAUUCACUCCUUUUUAAAAAAAAAAGUGGACGAUUUUUCAAUAAUAGUAGAAUCAUGGUACUAA